UGCCUCCCAAAGCCUGACGGGCGUGGUGAGCGACAAACAAAAAAACAGACAGACACACACACAAGGAAGAGCAUAGAGGGAGGAGAGGGAGAGGUGAAGCAGAGGAUUUGAAACAGGUGGAGUGAAGAUAAAGCAGUGUGCUGACUGUGACCGCCAGUGGACAGAAACAAAUCCAGAGGAGAGAGGCGGACAUUGCAAGACAGAGACAAAACAGGACAGAGACAGAGAACAAAAAAUGGCCGAGGCCCCGAAGAUUGAACUCUUCGUCAAGGCCAGUCAGGACGCUGAGAGUGUGGGGAACUGCCCUUUCUGUCAGAGACUCUUCAUGAUUCUCUGGUUGAAAGGGGUCAACUUUACCCUCACCACUGUGGACAUGAGGAGGACCCCUGAAGCGCUGAAGGCUUUGGCUCCAGGCUCUCAGCCUCCCUUCCUCAUGUACAAUGAUGAGGUCAAAACGGACACAAACAAGAUUGAGGAGUUCCUGGAGGAGACCUUAGCGCCACCACAGUAUCCAAAAUUGUGCUGUCGUUACAAGGAGUCCAACGGUGCCGGAGAAGACAUCUUCCGAAAGUUCUCAGGAUAUAUAAAAAAUCCCAAUCCCGGACUAAAUGACAUGCUGGAGAAGAAAUUUCUGCAGACUCUGAUAAAGCUGAGCAUGUACCUUGAGACGCCACUGCCUCAUGAGCUGGACCAGAACCCAAAUGCCAGUGAGUCCUCUCGCCUCUACCUGGAUGGUGACACCCUCACCUUGGCCGACUGUAACCUGCUUCCCAAACUCAACAUUGUCAAGGUGGUGUGUAAGAAGUACCGUAACUUUGACAUCCCCAAAGAGUUGAAAGGUCUGUCACGUUACCUGGACAAAGCCUACAAACAAGAUGAGUUUCGCUACACCUGCCCAAAUGACUCAGAGAUCCUCUUUGCCUACCAGUCCGUAGCCAAGUACCUGAAACUAUAGAUCGAGGGGGAGAGAUGAAGCAGCGCAAGUGAGAACAAAUGAAAACGAAUGAAGUUGAAAAGUUGACAAAAUGCCACAUAACUGUAAAUGGAUCAUGUUUUGCGUCAAAUUAAUAAAUAUAAUAACAGAGUCUAGAAAUUAAGAAUUGUUGUCAGAGAUAAUAUUUGGUUUUCUUUAAAAUAAUACAGUUGUUACUGCAAAGUUUCAUAAAUUUGUAUGAUGUGGAUUUCUAAUUAAGCCCCUGUUAGAGUGAGAAAGCACUGUAAAUCCCACAGUUUAUUUACUAUGCCUUAUUGUACAUACAUUAAGUGUGUCUAAGCAUUAAUUCAAUGUUGAUUGCAGAUAAUUAAUUGCAUUUUAUGUUAAUCAGAUAAAACUGAACCUUCAAUGUAUGUAUGUUAUUUUUUACAAAUUCUGAAUGUUCAAAACAAAUGGCUAUGAAUAAGACAGCUACAGACCUUUUGCUUGAGAAUAGAAUGAAAAUAUACUUGAAAAUAGUGAUGUGAGUUAUGAUCAAAUAAUAAGGUUAAACAAAAUAUCAACUUAGUCUAAUUUUGCCUGGCAGAAUUAAAAAAAAAAGACGAACAGAGAUCUUAUUUUUGUUUAUAUGAUAUGUAAUUUGAUGCAGGAAAGGGGAAACGUGUAUAUACUGUAUGUCUACACCUGUAUGUAUAUGUCUGUCUUUUUACCAUCUUUUUGUGAUCUUGUAGAAAUGUGUGAGAUUAAAUGUGUUCAAUGUCUGUCCCCAAAAACAGAAAUAAUACAAAGAAAAUGUAAUAAAGGCAUCAAGAAAGAA